UUUGCCAUAACUACCUCAUCAACAUAGAAUCAUACACAUAUACUAAACUGAACGAAGUUGUCUAAGAAGAGAAGAACAAUGGCUGCUGGCAUGGGCUUCCGCAGUCACAAAUCUUUGUUAACAAUUCUUUUCGGUUUUCUUGGAUUGUUCUCCUUUACAGUUGAAGCAGCCACAAAAAAAUACCAAUUUGAUAUUCAAGUAAAGAAUGUGAGUAGAUUAUGUCAUGCAAAACCCAUUGUAACAGUAAAUGGGAGGUUUCCAGGGCCAACAAUUUAUGUUAGAGAAGGAGACAGAGUACUAGUCAACGUAACCAACCAUGCAAAAUAUAACAUGACAAUUCACUGGCAUGGAAUUAAACAAUAUCGCAAUGGUUGGGCAGAUGGACCAGCUUACAUUACACAAUGUCCAAUCCAGACUGGUAAUAGCUACACUUAUGACUUCAACGUCACAGGGCAAAGAGGAACUUUGUGGUGGCAUGCUCAUAUUUUUUGGUUGAGAGCAACUGUGUAUGGUGCAAUUGUUAUCAUGCCUAAACCUGGGACCCCAUUUCCGUUCCCACAGCCAGCCAGAGAAUUUGAAAUUCUGCUAGGAGAAUGGUGGCACAAAGACGUGGAAGAGAUUGAAACGCAAGGGAAUCAAAUGGGGUUGCCACCAAAUAUGUCAGAUGCACAUACAAUCAAUGGGAAGCCAGGACCACUCUUUCCUUGCUCAGAGAAACAUACAUUUGCAAUGGAGGUUGAACAAGGGAAGACUUACCUACUUAGAAUCAUCAAUGCUGCCCUCGAUGACGAGCUUUUCUUUGCCAUUGGUGGUCACAACUUGACAGUAGUGGAGGUUGAUGCAGUUUACACAAAACCAUUCACCACUCAAACCAUUCUAAUUGCACCUGGUCAAACCACAAAUGUUCUAGUCAAGGCCAACCAAGUAGCAGGAAGAUACUUCAUGGCUACAAGGACCUUUAUGGAUGCACCAAUACCAGUUGAUAGCAAAGCCGCAACAGCUAUAUUCCAAUACAAAGGCAUUCCAAACACUGUCCUUCCUUCUCUUCCUUCUCUUCCUGCUGCCAAUGACACACGUUUUGCUUUGAGUUACAACAAGAAAUUAAGAAGCCUAAACACUCCUCAGUACCCUGCUAAUGUUCCACUCAAAGUUGAUCGAAACCUCUUUUACACCAUCGGUUUGGCCAAGAAUUCUUGCCCCACAUGCGUCAAUGGAACUCGGCUACUUGCUUCCUUAAACAAUGUCUCUUUUGUGAUGCCUCAAACCGCGCUUCUCCAAGCUCACUACUUCAAUAUCAAGGGGGUUUACAGAACUGAUUUUCCUGAUAAGCCUCUAACUGCUUUUAACUAUACAGGUGCACCAUUAACGGCUAAUCUUGGUACUUCAGUUGGCACAAGAAUUAGCAAGGUUCCCUUUAAUUCUACAGUGGAGCUAGUUUUGCAAGACACCAACCUCCUCACUGUUGAGUCGCAUCCUUUCCAUCUUCAUGGCUAUAACUUCUUUGUUGUUGGAACUGGAAUUGGUAAUUUUGAUCCUGCAAAAGACCCUGCUAAGUACAACUUGGUAGAUCCUAUUGAGAGGAACACUAUUGGGGUUCCCACCGGUGGUUGGACCGCCAUUCGUUUCAGGGCUGAUAAUCCAGGUGUUUGGUUCAUGCAUUGUCAUUUGGAGCUACACACAGGUUGGGGAUUGAAAACGGCGUUUCUUGUGGAAGAUGGUCCAGGACAAGAUCAAUCUGUUGUGCCUCCACCGAAGGACCUUCCAGCAUGCUAGACAUGAAUGAAUUUGUUAACAACCUUGGAUUGUGUUAUAUGGAAUUAACGGUGUUUUAUUCAACAUUUAUUGUCUGUUAAUACUUCCUGCUAAAGAUGCAGAGAGUUUCAAUUAAGAGUUAACAAAUGUAAGCAAAGUUUGGACCAUGUACAAAAUUUAUUGACCUGAUACAUAAAACUUUCAUUGAUCAUACA